AUGUGCAGAGGCACAGGAGCCAAGAUCUGCUCCGCCAGAGCUGGUCUCCAGUUCCCCAUCGGUCACAUCCACUGGCUGCUGUGCAAGGGACAUUGUGCCGAGCGUGUCGGGGUUGGAGCUGCCACCUACCCAGCCGCAGUCUUCAAGUACCAGACCACUGAAAUCCUCGAGCUGGCCCGAAACACAACCCAGGUCAACAAGGAGACCCGCAUCAUCCCCACCACCCGCAACGAUGAGGAGCUCAGCAAACUGCGGAGAGGGGUCACCAUAGCCCAGGGUGGGGCCCUGCCCAACCUCCAGGCUAUGCUGCUGCCCAAAAAAACCAGGCACCACAGCAAAGUUUACGCCUGA